CGAGUGAGCAUCUCUCCUUGGCCGUAGAGCGAGCUCUCUCGUGUCUCUUGUUCGACGAGUGGAUUUCGAAAAAAGCGGUGGGACUGCCGCUGAAGACAUCUCCUAACAGGAGCCUGCUGAUUGCACCUGGAUAACCCGUUCAGCAAGCGCAGACAGAAAAAGGGAAGAAAGUGUGCUGGUUAUUGUAGUGCAGCUGUUGGAUAGAAGUGAGGCAAUAUGAUCGUGAAACAGCACAUGUUCCUCACCCUCUACAGCAUCUUCGGGAUCGCCCUCAAAGUGGCAGCCACCAAAAACAAAGCGAGAGGAAGCCAAGGGCAGUUCCCCAUCGUCCAGAACAUGACGGUGACGGAGGGAAGCACAGCCACCAUGACCUGCAGCGUGGAUCACAACGACAACACCUCCCUCCAGUGGUCAAACCCCGCACAGCAGACCCUCUUCUUCGGGGACAAGAAAGCUCUGAGGGACAGUCGGAUUAACCUGGUGCGAGCCUCGUUUCAGGAGCUGACCAUCAGCAUCACUGAGGUGUCCCUCUCCGAUGAGGGCCUGUACACAUGCUCUCUCUUCACCAUGCCCGUCAAGACAGCCAAGGCCUUCCUCACCGUGCACAGAGUCCCUGAUCAGCCGCAGAUCCUGGGCCUGACAAACCCACUUAUGGAAGGGGAGCAGGUCACCCUGACCUGUGUGACGUCCGGCAGCAAGCCCGCCGCCGACAUCCGGUGGUUCAGGAACGACAACGAGGUCCCAGGUGUGAAGGAGGUGAAUUUAAGUGGCAAGACGUACACGGUGAAGAGUUCGCUGCAGAUGAAGGUGAACGAGAAUGACGACGGGGUCUCCUACACCUGCCAGGUGGACCACGUGUCCCUGGCCUCGUCCCCGCAGAAGGCCACCGAGGUGCUGGAGGUGCAGUAUGCCCCCCGUGUGCAGAUCCUACACUUCCUGCCGUUCCCCCAGGAGGGGCAGUUGCUGAAGCUGGAGUGUGUGUCCAGAGGAAACCCUCCGCCAGAGCCCAUUCUGUGGACCAAAGAUGGCGGUGAGUUGCCCGACCUGGACAGGAUGAUUGUGGAGGGCCAAGACCUGACCUUCAUCUCCCUCAACAAGACAGACAACGGCACGUACCGCUGCGAGGCCAGCAACCUCCUGGGCACAGCGCACGAGGAAUACAAACUAGUGGUCUACGAUGUCCCCACUACCCUGCCUCCAUCCACAACACCUCCCCUUCAGCCCACCCCACCAGACACCACCCCCUUCAUAGACACCAAGCACGCCAACCCUGCAGUCACUGAUCCGAAUGCACUGGGGCAGCACAGCACGGACCAUGCUCUGAUUGGUGGAGUGGUAGCCGUGGUGGUCUUUGUGACACUCUGUUUAAUUAUCGUACUGGGGCGAUACCUGGCCAGGCAUAAAGGAACAUAUCUGACAAACGAGGCGAAAGGCGCCGACGACGCUCCGGACGCCGACACCGCCAUCAUCAACGCGGAGGGCAACCACGCGUCCGAGGAGAAGAAAGAGUACUUCAUCUAGAGCACAGGCGCGGAGCGGAGGCCGGCCGCACAGAGCUACACACCA